AAGAUGAAGCACCAGGAAAGGAUUGUGGGGAAAUUUUGCAUGAAAGACAACAGGCUGAUGGACUCCCACUCCACACCGUUCACCUGGAGCAGUUCAUGCCCGAGCUGGAGUCCCUGCUCGCCUACUUCCGCCUGCCGUAUGACACAGGAAAUCUGAAAACCACUGCAGAUGAGAUGGAGCUAUUCAGCAUGGUGUGGAGGGAGUUUAAAACAAUCUUCCGACAACAAGAGCAGAUGAAAACGUUUCCUCCUUAUGACGGUAUGGACGUCAGAGAGAGUCAGUGGGGGAGGAAGAGUGCAACCAUGGCUGUGUGCAAGGAGGCUAACUGGAUUCCUUUCAUCCAGGUGAAACCCAGGCGAGAUCCGUGGCAGCAGAAGCUCUUCAAAAAGCUCAAGGAAAAGAAUUCAGUUGAUGAGCUGCUCCAGAUGCAGUGCAAGUUUCUUCAGGUCCGCAAUUUGCUCCACGUGGCUGCAGCUCUCAAAGAACAUGCUGCUCAAGUUGGCGACUCACAAUCCACAUCGUUCAUCUCAAGCAGCCGCAAGACAAAAAAACAAAUGAUCUCUGAGAUUUGGAAAAGUGUUUACAACACUGCCAAUCUCAUUCAGGAAACCCAGAGUCACUCAUCCGCAUCCAGAGGGAGCAGAGGCAGCAACAAAGAGAUUUCAAAGAGUCAGACCUCAAGCUUUUACCAUGAAAGUCAGUCUUUGGAGGACAACCUGCAGGUCCUGGGCCUGGAUGACAGUUUACCUGAAGGCUUCUCAGGUCCAGUAGUAACCAGAGGAGCUUACCUGUCCCUCAUCUUUCUGCGCCAUUUGAAACUCAGAGAGCUCCAGCGUGUGUCACUUGGGAUGCUGAACUACCUGCGCUCUGUGGAAAGGACUUUGACCUUUGACCUGGCAGGUUUGCAGCUAGAAGGACAGGUGCUGCGCAGCACAGCGGAGGAGACGGGUUGGAUGAAUGCAGCCAGAGGAAGAAAAGGAGAGGCAGAAGGUCUCGGCUCUUUCCAGUAUAUCCACAGCACUCCUGUCGACUACAAGGUCCACUGCUCAGAGUUCAUGGAGUUUGCAGAGGUGGAGAAUCUUCAUGAUUUUUACACCUCUGAGGGCCGUUACAUCCACACUCAGGACCCCAGAGGGUUUUACAUCAUGUACGACGCUGCUCUGCAGGACCUUGUGGAGCUGAUGAAUGAGCUUCUCCUCAUCGGCUCGCACUUCAUCCACAGAAACACGAUCAAACAAAUUGGAAAAACUGAGGGAGUGUCAGCCUCGACAGUAGAUUUCAACUCCUGGGCUGGGACAGAUGUUGACCGCGUUGCUGUGCUUCUCAAUUUGUGGACAUGUGAGACUGAGUUCAUGGAGAGCAAAGUCCAGCUUUUAAACUGUUACUAUGAAGGCUACCAGCAUGCAGUGGGCACAGAGGAGAGGUUUGCAUUGGCCCAAGUUAUCACUGACAUCAUGCACAGGAAGCCACAGCUGGACCUGAACCAGGAUUACUAUUUUCAGGCCUACAGGACUGAGAUCAGCUGCAUGCAGAGCCACCAGCGGCUGAUCCGAGACAUUCUGGACAAUCAGAUAGAGAGACAGCGACUGUACCUUCAGCGCAUCUGGAGAAAUGAUCACAAAGGCUUUAUAACCAGCUAUGGUCGUCCACCCAACUAUGUUCCCCAAUAUUUGGUCUCACUUGGAGGCGCGAGGCCUGCUCUGAUGAAUGUAUUCCUGCUAGAAGUUCACCCAUCACUCUGUCUGGCCUCUGCAGUCUAUCACGGAUUGGUUCAGGCUCACACUGAACUAUGUCAGUUGCACCGAGCCACGAGCAUCACUGACAAACUCCACCUCGAACACAACCUCUUAGAGCAGGCACUGAAAAUCUGGAACAACCAGACUUCACCAGGAGCCUCCUACAGCUCACAAAUACAAAGAGAUUUGUUCUCAGACGUGUUUAUCGAGGAUCCAAUUUUGGUCCAGAAGUUGGGCCUGUCACUAGUAAAAGCUGCAGAGGAGAGGGACAUGAAGCAAGGACCAGACAAGCACUCCUGUGCUGUAGAAACAUUGUCCAUGCUGCUGGAGCUUAUGAGCAUCCGCCAUCGCCUGCUGGAAUCAGCCUCAGAGACAGCACAUCUGGCACAGCUGUACAGAAAUGUGGCCUUAGAGCUCGGCUUUGAGGAGUUCCACCUGUAUCUGAGGCCGCUGCAGUUUGAGUGUACUGAUCAGAAAGUCAGAGUCCAGCAGAGGCCUGUUUUUAUCACAGAAAUCCUGGAGGACGACAGCUCUGUGGACAGGCUCAUCCCAUCCCAUCUGCCUCUGAGCAUCCAGGAACUGGACGAGAACCAGAUCGGGAGGUUUAGCUUCAGCUCAGAGGAAGCGGUUAUCCAUCUUAUGAACAGACAGAGUAUCGAGAACCUCCAGGUGGCGUUGGCCUGUCAGGUUACACAGAAGAACGCCUUGAUGAGUGCGGUCAAACUGGCUCGACUUUGUCUUUGGGCAGAAAGUGAUUCAUCUUCAGCGGAGAGGGAAGACAAAGAUGUAACAUGUAACUCCGGCUCUGGCAGCCACACAGGCGGCCUGCAGGAACAAUAUAAAUCUUUUCCCUCCAAACACUCCAGGAGAACUUCCACAAAAAAGCGGGUGAUGGGCGCAUUUGUGUCCAUCCAGCUGGAAAAAGCGGGUCUGCGUGACGAGAUGCUGAAUUCAUUUGUGAAGAAGAAACAGGCCGUGGGGGGGUUUCUAAAAACCCCGGAGGAGGCUGCAAAGAUCAAAAGGGAGCUCAUAAUCGACUUUCUCAGGAAAUUCAGCACACAAAUGUCCAUGCACUGUGUAAGAGCUCAGAUUGUUGGAUAUUACCACAAUCUGACCUUUCUCUUGGAAGACAUUCCCUACAUUCGUCAGUCCUACUUCACAAUUGGACAGCCGGUUGCUGAUCAUUGUUCUGACCACAGGAUUUUUCAGCAGUUGUUGUGUGCAGAUGGAAGAACUCUCCUCAACCUCUGGUACAUCCCCCACUUCACUGAAGUGCUUUGCAUGUUCAAAACACUUGAUGAUUCGGCAUGUGAUGAGGCUCUCCGUCACACUCUGCAGAUCGUGUCAGCUCUUCAUGGCAUCAUUCAUUACCUGAUCAGCUUCUCCAAACUGGGAAACAGACAAGACUCUUUAAGAUGGGGGAGAGGACAUGAUGCAGCGGGGUCACAUCUGGCAGCUGACUGGGGAGGCGCUGAAAGCAUCGGAACAGAGUUGCAGGAGCUCCAGCAGCAGGUCGAUCAUCUGUCUGACCCCAGCAACCUGGAGUCCGUCGGCCGCCUGCUGCAGCUGCGCAGGCAGGUCCUACUGCUGCAGUUUGAUACUGCUGUCAGAAUCUUUGUCAGGAAGGCUUUCCUCUCCUCUGGUGAUGUUACUUCCUACCAGAGCGUAAAUGACAACAUGGUGAACGCUCUCCCUCUGAUGAUUGGCUGCAUCCAGACUGACGUCUUCAGUCUCAUGCUGCCCGUUCCUCAACCUUUGGAGAAUCAAGGCUGUCAGGCACAGAGGAUGUAUCCAUGGAGGAGUUUCAUAGCCUGUCAUGGACUGCUCCCUCUUCAUGUUUGGGAUGUCCCACCUACUGAACACUGCAUGCAGCUCUGUUUGAGCAGCCUGAGCAGUCGCAGCAGACUGCAGGCCAAUGCUGCAAUCCUCGGGGUGUCCCUGCUCAUGGAGGACGUCCUGAACGGUGGAAGAGAGGCAGAGCCUGUUCGUCUCCAUGGCAACAAAGAUGACCUUCAGCAUAGUGGCACACCUAAUGAAGUAACGACAGUUUCUAACAAGGGAAAUAAAAGCUGCAGAGAAGAUGAUGAUGAUGAUGAUGAUGAUGAUGAUGAUGAUGAUGAUGAUGAUGAUGAUGAUGAUGAAGAAGAAGAGAUAAAGAUUGAUUCCGCAGACCUUCAGGAUCCAAUCAGAGUCCAGUCUGUGCUGAAAGGUUUUCUCCUGCUGACAAAGCAGCUAGAGGUCUUCAAGGAGAGCUGGGCUCUAAGACGUUUAGGCGCCGAUGUCUUCAGUACACCUGCUUUGUAUCAACAGUUCGUAAAACUUUACCGAGAUGAAAUCUUUUACCCCAGUAUGAGAGCUUUGGCUAAACAAAUUGAUAAAGAGCACCACUAUGAGGUUUUAAUCUCAGGCACCCAGUCUCUUCUGCCCCCUCCUGGAGCUUCAGAGGUUGAUGUGAAAGCCUGGCAGCUCCACCUGCUGAUGGAGAGCACAGAGUGCGACAUGAUUAGAGCAGUGCAGAGAAAGAUGAGCAGAGAGCUCACACUAGUGCUUUCAGAGAAAACUCAACAAGAUAAUCGGCUCCCCACAGAGCUGUGGAAAAGAAGUCAAAUGAAGUACAGUUUGUCCCGUGAGCAGCCACAGAUGGUGGAAACAUUCAUCCAGCAGCUGAUGCAGGGAGCUGAGCAGUUGGAGGGAGAGCUGAAGGUCUCUCGGGAUCAUCUGCAGCAGUGUCUCACUCACCUCAGCUCCUCAGUGAUGGAACGAGAGCGCCAAUGCUUUCUGCUUUACUCACAGUUUUAUGAACAAAUCCUGCAGCAGCACACUCAGCUUCUGUACCAGAGAGAACAGGAUUUGAAGAGUUUGAAGGACGCUCAGACAAGUAAUUCUCACAAAGAGGUGGCAGAUUUAUGCCGUGGGAUGAUGUUGGAGGUCUCAGCCCUGCGGGCCCAAGUUGCUCACCUGGAAGAAGAGAAAAUUAAUUUAGAGGAGCAGCUCGGCCUCACAUUCAAAGAACGCUACCACCCUCUGGUCCGACACCUUUUCUCUACCUGCAUCCAGUUAAAGGCCAGACUUGAUGAAUAUCCCCGACAAAUGGAGCGGGACGUAAGUGUGAUGGUGAACAGAGCACGGGGGGAAGGAGUGGACAAGAUCAUCAAGCUCAAGAAGAGGUACGGCUGCACCAAAGACAAUGAUGGACUCGCCCUCACACAGUUAAAGAAGGAAGAAGUCCACGAGUUGAAGCUGGAGAACAGCCGGCUGACUGCUCUGCUCUGUAAACUGAAGGCUCUGAGAUGCUGGAGGCAGGUGGUCGACCAGGAGAAACUUCACAGGCAGCUGCUCCAAACCAAGCAGAGGGAGGUUACCACUCGCACCGAGGCUCUCAGAGUGGAAAUGUUAUCAGAGGAGAAGGUGGCUCUCCUGCAGGAGGAGCUGGACUUUGCACAGCAGGCGCUGACCUGCUCUCAGGCAGAGUGCAGCAGCAUCAAGACGCAGCUCAGCAGGAAGACAGAGGAGCUCCAGGUGUUCAGGCAUCGGUCUGCACGGGAAGCCCGCAGCAGACAGGAGCUGGACGCUCAUCGAGUGCAGACCUUGGAACAAAUGAGAGCCGACAUGGAGGAUAGAGACAGACAGCUCAGGGCCCUCGGUGAGCAGCUGGACAGAGGCAGCAGGAUAAACAGGCUACAAAGAGAGCGCAGUGCCAAAGAGAUCCGGCAGGUGAGGGGCCAGCUACAGCAGCAGUGCAGCCUUAAACAAGAGGCCUUUCAGCAGCUGGAUAAACUGCAGAACCAGAUGAACGAUGUGGAGGCAGCUCUCUCCAGAGGAGCUUCGACAGCAGGUCAAAGCAGGACUUAUUGCAUGCUAUCAGUCAGCAGACUGAUUACUAGAAGUCCCUCGACAGGUCUGCACCGGAACAGGCAGCAUUCAGCCCUGCAGCUUGGCAGCCUCACAAACUACACCACACCUCAGGACUUUGCAACAGAGCCAAGACAGCAGAGAGCAGAAACAGCCAGAGGUCAUUCAAACACGAGCACAGACAGACCUAAAGCAGAUCUGUGUCGCCUGCGCGUCCCGACAGCCAAGGCUUUGUUCCCAGAUCUGUGAGCUCUGUCACAGGUGCACCUACAUCUUUCCUUGGCCGCCCUCUUUUGCGCUUCACCAGCUCUGCAUCCUCAGCUUUGUUUGCUUUAGCAUCACUGCCUUUGACCCCUGC